AUGGCGGCGUCCAUGGCGGGAGUGUUGGCUUCAAAUGUUCAGUCAAAAGUAGAUUCCAGCAAAAUUCUUGUGGUCGGUGCGGGCGGUAUUGGGUGCGAACUUAUAAAAAAUCUCGUUCUUACUGGAUUCAGAGAUAUCGAACUGAUUGAUUUGGACACCAUUGACGUGAGCAAUCUCAAUCGUCAGUUUUUGUUCAGGAAGGAACAUGUUGGAAAGUCUAAAUCCCAGGUUGCCAAAGAAAGCGCUCAGAGGUUCAACCCCAAUGCCAAGAUUGUGGCCUACCAUGAUAGUAUUAUGAAUCCAGAAUACAAGACAGAUUUUUUCAAGCAGUUUGAUAUAGUGCUGAAUGCACUGGAUAAUAGGGCUGCCCGUAACCAUGUCAACCGCAUGUGCUUGGCAGCUGACGUGCCAUUGGUGGAGAGUGGCACUGCUGGCUACCUGGGUCAGGUCACUGUUAUAAAAAAGGGGUUGACGGAGUGCUACGAGUGUCAGCCAAAGCCCAGACAGAAAACAUUCCCAGGGUGCACCAUCCGGAACACGCCAUCAGAGCUGAUACACUGUGUUGUGUGGGCAAAACAUUUAUUUAAUCAGCUAUUUGGGGAGGAGGACCCAGACGAAGAUGUGUCUCCUGACACACAGGACCCAGAACUCACAGCCGAGGCAGGAGAAAGUGCUCUGAGUAGCGAAGCCAAAACAGAUGGUGGAAUUGAGCGGACAUCUACAAGAGCGUGGGCAAAGGAAUGUGGCUAUUCUCCAGAAAAAUUAUUUAAUAAGUUAUUUAGAGAUGACAUCCGGUAUUUAUUAUCCAUGGAAAAGCUGUGGAAGAAAAGGAGACCCCCAACAGCAUUAGAAUGGUCAGAGUUACCAGACGAUCCAUCAGGUAAUGGGAACACUACAGGAGUUAUACAAGAUCAAAAGGUGUGGACUGUGAAGGAAUGUGUGGAUGUGUUUACUGAGUGCUUGGCAACCCUCAAGAGUGAUCUACAGAAGCAAGGAGAAGAUGGUAUCUUAGUAUGGGACAAGGAUGAUACAGCUGCUAUGGAUUUUGUGACCUCAGUAGCUAACAUCAGAGCUCAUAUAUUUGGCAUUGUCCCCAAAUCUAGGUUUGAUAUAAAAUCAAUGGCAGGCAAUAUUAUACCAGCAAUAGCCACAACAAAUGCCAUCAUUGCUGGGCUGAUUGUUAUGCAAGCUUUCCACAUACUCUCUGGCAAUUUGGACAAGUGUAAAACAGUGUACUUAAAUCGUCAGCCCAACCCCCGUAAGAAGCUACUAGUCCCCUGUUUGCUGGAAAAAGCCAACCCUAAGUGCUAUGUGUGCUCUGCAAAGCCUGAAGUCAACCUUGUCCUGAACACGGGAAAAAUCAGCAUCAAAACAUUGGAAGAGAGGAUACUCAAAGGACAGCUGGGAAUGGUGGCUCCCGAUGUGGAAAUAGAAGAUGGAAAAGGAACAAUUAUAAUCUCAAGUGAAGAAGGUGAAACAGAAGGGAAUGCUGAAAAAAUGCUGUCUGACUUUGGAAUUGCAAACGGAUCAAGGUUGAAGGCAGAUGAUUUCUUGCAGAAUUACAACAUUGUCAUUAACAUUGCUCAUGUAGAAAAAUUGGAUGAGGAGAAGGAGUUUGGGCUAGUUGGAGAUUUGGAGGAGUUGAGAGCUAAGCAGAAGGAUGAAGGGAAUGGAGCAGAAGCAGGGGGUGGUGACCAGAAGGAAACUCAGGCCAGUGACACAAAUGUGGUUGAAAGUGAUGAUGACAUGGUUAUUUUGGAAGAUGAUGAUGUUGCCAUGGAAAAAGAAUCUCGUGGCCAGAAACGUAAAGCAGACUCUGAUAUUGAAGCUGAAACAGCAAAAAGGUCCAAAUCGGUUGACGAAGCCAACCCUACAGAAACAAUUGUACUUUAACCAAUUACAUCAUUGUAGAUCAUAAAUUUUGAUAUGUUUUGAUGAAAUCAUAACCUUCGUAAUAUGGAGACUUUAUCAGAAUAUCACCUUUUCAUACUGAUCAGAAAGACAUAUUUCUGAUUUUCCACGUUAUAAUAGUACUUCACAAGUGAAAUAAAAAACAAAU